AUGGGUAGAUCAAAAGCUAAAAAUACUAAACAACCAUCACUCGAUUUCAAAGUGAAAAAGAAGAAAUUGGGUAAAAAACCAUUACCAAAUCCAAAUGUCACUGUGACAACAUUUAAAUCAAAGGCAUUAAAUAUGCCAGGUCAAAAUAUUGCAGAAGAAAAGGAUGAUUUAGUAAAUUUUAGAAAUUUAACAUUAAAGGAUUUAUUAUCAAAAUUAAGUCAUUAUAACGAUCAAAUAAAGAAAGAUUCAGUUACAGGUAUUCGUGAUUUAAUUUCAUUGCAUCCAGUAGUAUUACACAGUCAUUUAGGAUCUAUUAUGAACAAGUUGGUAGAGGUUAUCAAUGAUUUAGAUAAAGAUGUUAGACAUUGUACACACAUUUUAAUCGGCAAUAUUUUAAAGAUGACAGAUGAAAUCACUAUCUCACCAUUUAUUCCAUUAUAUUCAGUAUACAUCAACUCGGGUAUGACUCAUUUAAAAACAAGUAUUCGUUUAGAUUCAUUACGUCUUUUAGAUAUAUUCAUCGAUCAUUUCCCAAAAUUAGUUUCACGUCAUUGCCAUCAAAUGAUUCCAAAUUAUAUUGACCUUUUAAAGAGGGUUUCAGGUUCAGCCACCACUGCAACCGUAUCAACAUCCACCUCCUCAACUGCAACUAUUCAAGACCCAUCAACCAAUGGUCUUAAACCAGCAAACGCACAAAAAAAACAAAAGAAUACAGCCACAUCAACACCAAAAGCCAAUUCACUUCACACUAGAGUUUUCAUUUUAAAGAGUCUUUAUAAAUUAAUUCAAGUAUUAUUGGUUAAACCAGAUUUAUCAUUCGCUUCACUUCUCAACUCUAUCCACAGACAACAAUAUCACACACCAAUAGUAGAAUCUAAACUUUUAGUUAAUAAUCAACACGCUUUUCAAGUUUAUCAAGAAAAGAAGAUUUUCUCUUCUAUCUUUAACAAAUAUAAUUUAAAAAAUGAAGCUGCCAAAGCUGCAUCAGCAAGUGGCGAUACUCAAGCACUCUAUCCAACCAUUUUAGAGACACCAGAUGAAUUAAAACAAUUUUCACUCACCCUUUUACCAAUUCUUAUUGAUUUAUGGUUAGAGCUUGGUCCAUCUAAUCCAGGUAUUUCCUUCCAAAUAUUAGAGGAUUUAGAAUUGGUUGUAAAUAUCGUUCAUUUAAUUGUACAUUGCUUAAAAGAAUUUUUCUCAACAUCAGAACUCUACAAAGGUAUCAGAAAGGAUUACAUUAAAUAUUUUUCAGGUCAUUUCCCAUUUUAUGUUGGUUCAGCUUCAAAUCCAGACUCUAAAGAAUGGAUUACAAGUAAUUCAAUUAAUUGUGUUAUGACUCAAAUCGCAUCACAUUUUCUUGGUUUUAACCCAACAGAUCUUGAUCAAGUUAGAGAUUGGUAUUCACCAUUCUUGGAAUACAUCGAAGAUUCACUCAAUGGAAAGCUCAUUGAUGAAAAGGUUGAAGGUCGUCAAGGUCAAGCUAUCAAAAAUCAUAUUUCAAAUUUAUUAUGGAUUAUCAAAGUCAUUCUCCCAAUGUUAGAUAAAGAUCAAACUUUUAAUAUUUUAAAUGCAUUCAUCAAAUUUGAUGAAAACUGUCACCCACACUCUACUUCAAAGAAAUCUUGUGUAUUUUUCAUUAAAGAAUUAAUAGAUAUUCAAUCAAAUUCAACUUUAUCAAAAGAUAAAUCAUUUAAAAAUAUUAUCGAUUGGGGUUUAUCAUCAUUACCAAAAUUAUUAUGGAAAUUAGGUAAUUCUGAUAUUGAUACUACUUUAAUGAUUUUAAAUAUUUUAUUAUCAGUUGGUAAAGAUAAAACUAAAAUUAAGCAAUAUGAUUUAAUUCAAAAUGCUUUAGUACCAUUCUUUUUCACUAUUACAAAAGAAUCAGAGAAAUUUCCAAAUGGUAGACAAAUCUAUGGUCCAUUUAUAAAUUUACCAUUAAAUAUUCAAUUUUUAGCUUUAAAUACAUUAUAUUAUUUUUCAUCAUUAAAUAAAAUAAUGAUUAGAUCAUUAAUUGCAAUUUGUAGAUGUAUGUAUAAAAAUAAAAUAAUAAAUAAUAAAGAUAUUUCAUUUGAAGUUAUUUCAUUUAUUUUAGAUUUAAUUCACAAUUUAUAUUUAGUAAAUAAUUUAAGUAUUUCACAUUAUAUUGCUUUUUCAACAGCAAUUACACUCUCAAUUACAUCAAACGAAAAUCAAGACGCCAAUGAUACAGAUAUCGAAAUGAAGGAAUCCGAUGAAACUUUAAUAAAAAGAAAAGAAAAUACAGAUAAUAUUUUAGCUAAAUUAUGUUGGAAUAUCAAUAGUUUAAGAUUAUCAAAUCCAAUUCAAGAUAUUUUAGAACCAAUGACACCACCAUUUAUUAAUGAAUUGAAUAAAUUAAAUGAAUCAAACUCACAUAAAUCACUUUAUAUUUUAACUUUAAUAUAUUCAACAUUUAAUAAUAAUAACCAAGAAGAUGAAUUUAUAAAUAUUUCAAAAGAUUUAAUUAAAGUAUUACAAGUUACUUUAUUUACAUAUAUGUUUAAUUCAAUUAAACAUGAAUCAAAUACCAUUAAUAAUAGCAAUAAUAAUAAUAGUUUGGAUUAUAUUAAAGAUUUUAAUAUUCCAAUUCUUUUAAUUAAAUCAGAUAAAUCAAAUCAAACCAUUUUAAAUAUAUUAAACCAAAUUUCAAAUAAGGUUAAUCACGGCUCAACUCAAAUCGAAAAGAAUAAUAAUAAUCAAUUUAGCAUACUUUUAUUAAUAGAGUUGUUUAGAUCAAAAGAGUUAUACGAAGAUUUCCAAUCAAUAAAAUCAACCAUCAAAUCAUCAGUUUUAAAGAAAAUAGAAUCUUCAGUAAAAGAAGUUUCAGAAAAACAUUUGGUUGAAAAAUUAUUAUUAGAAUCAAAAUUAUUAUUCAAUGAAUAA